CAAAGGGACCGUGCGAUUUUCAUUUGGUGAUGUCAAUUACAUUUUAAAAUAAAGUAUUAAUAAAACAUAUCAUUUAUAUAUGUUAUUUAUAAAUGUCGGUGAUAGUGUGAGUUCCAGUCAAGUUUUAUAAUAUAAUAUGUUUAUACGGAUAACUGGCGUCAAAAAACAGGUGCUGGUAUCAUUGUGCCUAUACGUCGGAAAAAUAGCUAUAGGAUACUAUGCGGCUUGGACUGGAACUAUUACUCCAAAGUUACAGGAUCCAGAACAAUCGCCGAUUCCGUAUAACUUGACCGAUACGGACUUGUCACUGGUUGCCACGAUUGUAUAUCUAGGGGCUAUACCAGGUCCUUACGUGUCUGGGUGGCUAUCAAAUACGAUAGGAAGGAAGCCAUGUCUCAUAGCCGGAGCUACGCUUGGAGUGAUAGGCUCGUGUAUACUGUCCCUUGCUACGAACUUGGCUAUGUUGUACUGCGGCAGGUUAUUGCUGGGGUUCAAUGGGGGCAUCCUUGCUGUGAUGUUGAUUGUGUACAUUGGUGAAAUUGCAUCAACAAAUAUCAGAGGCAUUCUUCUAAUAGUAAUUGGUAUAUGCCAAACAAUAGGCACUAUAUUACUGUUCUUAGUUGGACCAUUUAUGUCGUAUUCUGGGACGACUUUUUGUGGUUUCGCGAUGUAUGUAUUUGUUGCAAUAGGAUCCAUAUUUAUACCAGAGUCUCCGAUAUACUAUAUUUUAAAAGGUGAUGAUGAAAAAGUCAAAGAAGUGUUACACGAUUUGGGCAGAUCAGAAGACAUAGAUAAACUACUAUCAGUCAAAACGGAAUAUGUCCAGACCAGUAGCAUGAAAGACUGGUCCGAGUUAUUUACAAUAAGGAGUAACAGGAAGGCGUUUUUUAUUGCCUUUGUUUUGACCGCCUUGCAAAAUACCAGCGGAUUUCUUGUGGUUCUGUACUUCUGUGCGUCCAUAUUUGAAAUGGCUGGGUCGUCAAUGAGCACUAAUCUCUCUAUGAUUAUUAUUGUGUCAUUCCAACUGAUCGGAAGUGGUUUAUCAUCGGUGUUUGUUGAGAGGGCAGGAAGAAGAAUCGUGUUAUUAAUAUCUACAUUUUUGUGCUCGUUAAGUAUGUUUCUGCUGGGGUUAUACUUUUAUUUGAAUUCUGUGGACCCUUCGUUGGUUGAAAAAUUUAAAUGGUUUCCUUUAGUAAUAUUGGUUGUAUAUUUCAUCGCAUAUGAUUUUGGUUUUGGCGUUGUACCAAAUGUGAUUGUUGGUGAAAUGUUCACGUCUAACGUCAGAAGCAAAGGAUCAACUUUGACCAUGACUCUGGCGUGGUUAUGUGGAUUUUUCGUGACGACAGGGUGUGGAAUCUUGCUGGAAAUGGUUGGCGGCCAUGUUAUCUUUUGGUUUUUCACGUGUAUGUGUGCUGGCGCGUUUCUGUUUACCUUCUUCUUCCUUAUAGAAACCAAAGGGAAGAGUUUGUUGGAAAUACAAGAACUUCUCAGUAAAUAGUAAAUUCUAAGUCAAUAUUUUUAAUACAGUACAAUAAUCUUAAUAAAUUGUAUGUAAAUACCCGGAUUGUAAGUACCAAUAACAAUCCGGGUAUCUUUAAAACAAGAGUGCACCUUCUAGGUAAACGCGUCCCAUCUUAGACCACAUCAUCACUUUCCAUUAGGUGUGAUUGUGGUCAAGCGCUUGCCUAUAGUGAAUAUAAAAAAAAGGCAAUAAGCAUUCGCAGCCACCAAUAAUUGUGCUUAAAUCUUUUUAGACUCGAGUUGUAUAAAGUGUUGUAAUAUUUAUUUUUUGU